AUGAUUACCAAGCUACCGAAUUCCAACGCCGUCAUUGAGAGAGUGCCAGGGCUGAAUGGCAACGAUAUCGGCCCCCGACGCAAAGUCCGAGACAAGGGCAUUCUGGCCGGACCAUCCAGCAUGGCGCAUGAACGAACACCUCACCUCCGGAACCGGCAGCACGUCGCCGAUAACGAAUCCAAGAGAGCAGAUGAGGAGGCUUCGUUCGCCGAUGCCACUGAGACGACGACGCUGCUCAACUCCGAGACCUCCUCUCGGACCCUCCGCAAUGGGUCGUCAGCCGGCAGCCGCCGAGACCGGGGUUCGAGCCCCGACAAAGGCGACGGUGAAGACGACCAAGACGACGACGAUGACGAAGGACCCAAGCAAUCCAUAAGCGCAACCCGCGCCGGGGUUCUCAUGCUCAGCACCUGGGUCCUCAUCUUCCUCCAAGGUCCCCAGUCCACUGAAAGACCGACACCGCGACCAGCGUCCAACACGUCGGGCAUGACCAUGACCCAGUCCGUCGUCGCCGAGGACCUCGAGGCCUACGCCGACGCCAUGUGGUUCACGAGCUCCUACCUCAUCAGCAUGGCCUCGCUGGCGCCGCUGUUCGGUCGCCUGGCCACAAUCUUCUCGCCCCGCAGCCUCGUGCUGCCCCUGGGCUGCUUCUUCGCCGCCGGCGGCGUCGUCACCUCACAGGCGCCCUCCUUCUGGGUCUUCAUCGCCGGCAGGAUCCUGACGGGCAUGGGCGGCGCCGGAAUCAUGACCCUGUCCGUCAUCCUCGUCCUCGAGCUGGUCGGCAAGAGGAGGCGCGGCGUCUUCGUCGGCCUCGUGAACGCCGGCUUCACCAUCGGCUUGUCGUUCGGCGCCGUCGUGUACGGGGCGCUGCUGUCCGUCAUCGGAUGGAGGGCCCUGUUUGCCGUCCAGACGCCCCUUGGUCUGCUUGCAGGCCUCGGCGCCUUCUGGAGCAUACCCAAGUCGUUCAGCUCGGACCACGAGACCAAAGGCAAGUCGGCCUUGCAGAAGCUGGCUCGCAUCGACUAUGCGGGUGCUGUCACGCUGGUACUGACCAUCGUCCUCUUUCUUUACGGCCUCUCGGGUGAAAUCCAAACCCGACCCCUCGUCCUCUCAGCCCUCUCCCUCCUCCUCUUCGUGCUCAUCGAGUUCAGGCUCGCCGCGGACCCCAUCAUCCCCCUCUCCGUCCUCUCCUCCCGCGGCGUCCUCCUCUCGUGCACGGCCCAGCUCCUCUUCAUGUCUAUCCGCUGGACCCUGCUCUACUACGCGCCCAUCUUCGUCCUCGCCGUGCGGGGCUACGCGCCAGCCGUCGCGGGCUCGAUCCUGAUCCCGACCAACGUCGGCUUCGGCUCCGGCGGGCUUAUAGUCGGCUGGCUGCAUGUCCGCCGCAACGGCGCCUUCUGGUCGCCCUCGGUCGUCAGCCUGACGUGCUUCGCGGCCACCAUGUUCGGCCUCUCGUUCGUCGGCACCGCCGACUCGCCGGUUUGGGCCUUGAUCCUGGCCGUCGUGCUCAACGGGCUCGCGACGGGCGCCACGUUGAACUACACCCUCGCGCACCUGCUGCACCUCAGCCGCCCGGAGGAGCACUUCGUCUCGACCUCGCUGCUCGGCACGUUCCGCGGGUUCGGCGGCAGCUUCGGCACCGCCAUCGGCGGCGGCGUGUUCUACCGCAUCCUGCGCUCCGGUCUGGUCGCCGGCUUUACCGAGCUCGACGGCGGGAGACUGUCCGAGGAGCGGCGGGAGCUUGUCACGAGACUCAUCGGCAGCCCCGCGCUCGUGUUCAACGGCGGGCUGAGCCCGGCCGAGCACGCCAUCGCGGUGGAGAGGUACGCCGGCGCCUCCAGGGGCACGUGGCGGGCGGCGGCGGCGUUGGCGGUCGUCGCGAUUGUGAUCCAGGCGAGCACGGGAUGGAGGGGCCCCACGGGCGGGAAGGAAGUGGACGACGAGACAGAGGCGAGGGCGGCUUUGAUGGAGAACGAAGGCGCUGGAGAAGCGUGA